AUGGACGGCGUGGACAUCAACAAGCUCACGUUGCACGACUUGAGUUCCAACAUCGCUCUCAUCCAGCAGGACCCCGUGCUGUUCUUGGGCACGAAGGCCAUCAUCUCGCUGCACGAUUCCGUGGACGAAAAGGGCUCGAAUUUCAGUGUGGAUGAACGCCAGCUCGUGUCCAUUGCUCGUGCACUGCUGAUGCGUUCGAAGGUGGUUCUGAUGGACGAGGCCACUACAUCGAUCGACCUUGAGAAAGACCAUCGCUGA